CGCCAGCUCCGUUGCUGGUCACGUGACCACGCCUUCCUCCUUUGGCUCCGGCGGACCUCGUGAAAAACUGACAUUUUGUUGUGCUUGUUUGCGCGCUGUUAACACUGAAAGUAAAGCUCAAAAUGGCAAGUCCGAAACCCGAAAUCGCUCAUGAUGGACCAACACAGGAAGGGGACGUUGUUGCUGAGAAACCAGCUGUGAAGAAGGAGGGAACCAUGGCAGCCACUGCCAAGGAGGGCCAGAGUCUGCUUGAAGGAACCAGUAUUGACCCUGAUGCCACGACUCGCGGCCAACAAAAGAAACUCGAUGAGAUAGCAGAGGAAGCAGCUGCCUCACCCGCCAAGAAACCCCGCAUUUCAAAAAGCACCACCAUGGUUAAUACUGCCAAGGAAGCUAAGACUAUCCUUGGUAAGGAUGCGCCCGAUGCAGACGCCCUCACUAGGGGUCAGCAGAAGAAACUUGAGGAUAUCCAGGCUGAGAAGCCAUCUCCAAAGAAACCCAAACUAUCCAAACAUACAACAAUGGCUGCUACAGCCAAGGAAGGAGCUGCCCUGCUAGAAGGCGAGAAACUGGGGGACACACGCCAGGAAACCAAGAAAGCUGCCAAACCUGCUGGUCCCAAACGUAAUGCCACCAUCCAAAAAACACUUGAAGAAGCAAAACAUUUUGUAGAUGUUGAUGUCAAUGAAGGUCGCCGCACACGCUCAGCGGGAAAACCCAAGCCAGAACCCCCGAAGCCUGCGAUGAAGAAAGCAGGAACCAUGCAGAAAACAGCCAAAGAAGGGAAGGAAUUCCUCAAGCGAGGAAAGAAGUCAAAGAAAGCUGAGGAAGAGGAAAAAGUAGAAGAAGAAGAUGAAGAAGAAGAAAAAAAAGAAGAGGCCGAAGAAGACGCAGAAUAAACAAUCUUAUUGUUAGGCCAAAGUGAAAAUAAUGUGUGUCCGAGGUGACAGGCUCCAGAAAGUUCCGUUCUGUAGAGAUUGCUCCCAUUUAAAGUUCAUUGACUGCAUUUCAAUCGUUACAAUGGCGGGAUUUUUUUUCCAUUUAUUUAGCAGAAAUCAAGAUAAUUUGAUGCAUAACAGAUCAUGCUUGUUUAUCACAAUCAACUCACUUAAAACAAAAUCACACAAUUUAAAAUUUGGUCGUUAAUAUAAUUUCAGGGUUGGAUGUUAUUUUCCUAAAUACUAGUGAUUUGCCUUGAGCACAGAAGAUUUUUUCUUUGGCCUUAUUGAAUGUUCAUAGCAGGCCUGACCAGGUGUAAUAUUGAGUAAACUUGUGUAUGUACAUAACUGAAAUUCGUUUUUGUUAGUCAUGAUUGGGACUUUUGUCAAAGUGUAGCUGUUUUGUCUGUGUAUUAAUUGUGGAUUUAGGUUUGAUAUGAUCAAUGAGAGCAACUAUAAAUAGCAUAAUUUUAAUUGUUUGAAAGCCGUAUUACUACCAUGCUUCUUGUUUGUUCAGGCUGUAUAAGGACAUUGCGGCUUUUUUUUUUAAUUACAUACAUUUUUAAACAUUUAACUUUGUGUGAAAAUUGUACAGUGAUAUUUUUUACAAUGACUUGUCUUGCACAUUGCCAAGUAAUCGUUGUGUACUACAAAAUUGCAGAUGUUUUUACUCUGUAAACAGAUGACUUAUCAAAUAGACACAUGAAACGUUGUCAAGCGGUUAAUUGAUUUUACACAGUAAAGUUUGCAUGUAUAUUUUGGGGAUUUUAGCAUUUAUAAAUAUUUAUCACGCUUUUUAGCACUAUUUUCUUACAUAUCGAGCACUGUGCAUACCUCUUUCAAAAUAAUAAAAUCUCUAGCACUUGAACAAUAUCUUUGUAAUGUAAUUUGGCAUCUUAAACAUUCAGAUGGAUUCAACUUAAUUCAAUGCCAUUCAUUUCACAAACCUCGUCAGGUAUAUAUAUUUUAUGAGUAUUGUAGAGCACAAUUUUUAAGUGAACUAUAAGGUGCUGGUUAAAAAAAUGUAUAAUUUACUUUUGUAUGCUUCCUUAAGAAUAAACAACUCUUUGAUGGCUAUAUAUUUUUCUAGGGAUCCAAGCUAUAGCGUUAAGAAGUACAAAGUGAAAUUUGCUAAUGAAGGUUGUAAUUUACCAUUAAGGUUAUUAAGUACCACACAGUACUAACAUUUUAGCACCAACCUUCUUUAGGUUAUUUGAAUCCCAUUCAAAGUAUGAAUCUAUCUGAUGUUAAUAAAGAUAUUAUGAAUAAAGCUUCUGGUACGAGUGUUAAUUUGUAAUGUAUCUGAUUUGUUUUUUUAAUUGAAUAUUUGUGGGUGCUGCCACUUGAUUCUGCAUGCCUCGUUGUAAAAAGUGCAAUGUGGAUUUACUUGUCAUUAGGAACUAGCAUUCAAAUUGAUACAAUUGUUGCCUGUUUCUUACAUUCUUACAAGAGUGAAUCUGCAAGCCUAGACUAUUUGGAAAGCAUAUUGACAACUUGACCAAUAUAAUUCAGAUCAUGAGUUUAAAAAGCUUUCAAACAAUCACUUUGAAGUUUCAAAUAUCUGAUUAUGGUAAUUAUGUUAUUUUAUAACUGAAAUGUGCUUUGAAAACAUCUCAAGUGCAUUUUUCUGAUUGUAUCUGCUUGUUCUGAAAUGUUGUACAGUUUCAAUACGCGUCUUCUAAUGUGUUGUCUGUAUUUUUAAGGUGGAGCAUGUUGGUUGAUUUUAAUGUACCAUGAUUUUACCUAAAUUGUUCAGCAUAAUUAAUUUUGAUUACUAAUUCUAUAACAUACACAAAAUAAUUACAUAAAAUUUGAAUCUUGUAAAAAGAUUACAUUCCAACAGUCAGACCUUUUUAAUUUAAUGAAUGUUCUGGAUUGUACAGAAGGAGUGAUAUGUGUUAUAAGCUAUAUUACAAUCAAAUAAUCAAACCAUCACAAUAUUAAUGGAAUUAUUGCAAAGUAAACAAAUGACAGCGCUAUGAAAUGUGCUUGUUUACUAAUGUGUUUUUAUCAUGUUUGAAUGGAUGGUGGCAUUAUUUUUAAACUCAACUUCAAUGUGUUCCAUAUUAUUAAUGUUCUAUUUUGUUUUUCAUCAUAACGCGUCUUACAGGUAUAUGUUUUUCUUCUUUGUUCACAUGUACAUUUUGAUGUACAUAUUUUAACGGGCAGCAUGUUUUUGUCAUUUUACAGAUGUAUGUGUAAGCAUGUACAUUUUUUGAGAAUAAUAUGAAUAUUUAGUCAUUUUCAUAGCAAUCAUGUUCUUCAAAAUAAAUAGUAUGUCAGUUGUAAUGAAGUGAAUCAAAUGUGUGUAAUGAAUGUGACUAGGCUACAGAAACAGCGAGUUGAUAAUGAUUGUCAUUGUUUUAAAGCAGCAUUAUGGUUACCAUGGAGUUUAAUUGUUAAAUAUAAUUUUUCUUUUUCAAAUACUAGUUUAACGCUUAUAUUUGUGGUAAUUCUAUUCUUUCUUGUGAACCUUUUUAUUCUGCGUUUUAAUCAUACAACAUUCUGUGUAAACAAACGUUCUGUCUUGUACAACAAUUUUAAUUUUCAUUAUGUACAACAUUGCCAUAUGUAGAUGAUUCAUUUUCAUGUAAGUAACAAAUAAAAUGUACUUGUUGACAA